AUGAGCAAACAGGAACUGCAAGAACGCGCUCUCAAGGCUGGUGGCGUCAGCUAUGAAGAAUCCCUGCAAGCCACUCAAAUGGUGCCGACCAUGUUCGAACGAAUGGGUCAAGUGGAUGGCUGCCAAGAACUAUCACGGCUGUUUUACAAUCGAGUAUUCGAUGAUUCCGAUGCAGUAUGGUUUCUCAACAUUUUUUCCAGCAGCACCAAAGAAGAAGCCAUUGAGAAUCAGUAUCUAUUUUUUGCCCAAACCUUUGGAGGACCCGACCUGUACCGCCAGAAAAAGGGCAAAUACACUCGAUUAGUGGGACGACAUGCAAAUUAUGGUAUUGGCCAUCGCGCGGCAGAUCAUUGGGUGAAGCACAUGAAAGCUGCCAUCGAAGAACAUUCUCAUCUCAAGGACGACCAACAAGCCAAGGAUGCACUCUAUCAAUACUUCCAAUACACGGCACAUUACAUUGUGGCUGCAUCAGACUACAUGAGACCUGAUCAGCUAAGUGGUGGUACCGCGAUUGAUGCAGGCAGAAUUUGGUAG